AUGGCUGUGAAAUUAAAUGAGCUCGAUCAGGACAACUAUAUACUCUUGGAAAGACGAUCUCAUCUCGGUGGCACAUGGUAUGAUAAUCAAUAUCCAGGCUGUUCAUGUGACAUUCCAUCGACAUUGUAUUCAUUUUCAUUUGAACCCAAUCCAAACUGGUCCCAUUUCUUCGCUCGUCAAGCAGAGAUUGAGGCAUACUUGGAAUAUUGUGCAGAUAAAUAUCAUAUUCGCCAACAUAUUCAAUUCGAGACCACUGUUAUUGAUUGUAAGUGGCUGGAUGACCGACAACUUUGGCAAGUAACCGCACAAUCGAACGGUCAAGAGAAAUAUUUCUUCAGUCGAACGCUGGUAUCGGGCUGUGGUGGUCUGUCGAAUGCAUCAUUUCCUACGACUAUUCCUGGUAUUGAUUCUUUUGAAGGGGAAAUGUGUCAUUCCGCUCAAUGGAAUGCCAAAAUCGAUUUCAACAAAAAACGUGUAGCUGUCGUAGGAACGGGUGCAAGUGCUAUACAGAUAGUGCCAGAAAUCUACAAGAUGAAUACAUCUCAACUGAUCGUUUUUCAGCGUACACCACCAUGGAUAAUUCCUCGCAUUGACCGACAAACGACACAAUGGGAAAAAAGACUGUUUGCACGCUUUCCGAGCGUUCAAAAACUAAUUCGUGGUGUAAUAUAUUGGGCAGCCGAAACGGCCGUACUCUCAUUUGUCUAUCGUUGGCCCAUUCGGUACAUUUUUCAAGAGUUGGUAAAAUUUAAUCUUGAGCGACAAGUCAAAGAUGAAGCAUUUCGGAAGAAGCUCACACCAACAUGGGAACUUGGCUGCAAGCGAGUGCUCAUAUCGAAUGAUUGGUAUUCAACAUUAGAAAAACAAAAUGUGACAGUUGUGAUCGAUCAAAUUCGAGAAGUGAAACAACACUCCAUAGUUACUUCCGACAAUGUUGAAUAUUCAGUUGACAUAAUCAUUUGGGCUACUGGAUUUCAAGUGCAAAAAAUUCCAUUGCCCAUGAUGGGAAUUAAUGGAUGUUCACUUCACGAACAAUGGCGAGAAAGUAUACAGGUUUGUAUUUUGAAUAUGUGUAAGAGAAGAAUCUGCAAGUUUAUUUUAUUUCGUGUUAGGCAUAUCGUGGCGUAA